GCUGGCGGGCCGGGAGCAGACCCGUCUUGUUUUUUAUUGAGUGAGCCAGUUAUCCGCACAGACCUAAUUUGCAGUAAAGUUGCGUUUUAUUUCGUGUGCACACCGCUCCAUUUUCUCCCAAAAUGCAAAUAGUUGAACAAAUAGUAGGACUUCCAAAGCAAGUUUGCGCCCGAGCGCUGAGUUAGUGCAGGGACCCGUGCUCAGAGCUUCCACACGGUCCAAAACGUGUUCGAAAGUCACAAGUCCCUCUGGUCUCAUGACUGUUCUUUCGCCCCCGAGGAGCUCCGGGACUGUUCACCGCACCAUUGCUCAUUUUUAAACUCCAGUUCACAAGGGUCGCCCUUCCGAAGGGUUUUAAUUGAUAAACUGAUGGAAGAAAUGAGCGAGACCUCGCCGCUUGUGAAGCAAUUCUCGCCCCAGCCAACCUGUCCAUCCCCCAGGACUUCGCCGGAUGCAGAAAUGACGAUGAACAAGCUGGAAGUUUGGCACUGUCAUCUUAAUCAGGUGUCUGGGAAUCACAGGGAUGCAGAUAAGCAGCUUGCCCGCCGACGGCUCUACCUGGCUUCUGCUGUCUGCUUCGUCUUUAUAAUAGCAGAAGUGAUAGGGGGAUACAUGGCUCAAAGCCUGGCUGUCAUGACUGAUGCUGCUCAUCUCCUGACCGACUUGUCCUCCAUGCUCCUUAGCCUGUUUUCCCUCUGGAUUUCUGCUCGUCCUGCCACUAAAACCAUGAACUUUGGCUGGUACCGUUCAGAGAUUCUUGGGGCCCUGGUGUCGGUCUUGUCAAUCUGGAUGGUAACAGGAAUACUGGUCUACCUGGCAGUUCAACGACUCAUAUCUGACGACUAUGAGAUUAAUGGGGCAAUAAUGCUGAUCACCUCAGCAUGUGCUAUUGCCAUAAACAUUGUAAUGGCCAUAAUCCUUCAUCAGUCUGGACACAACCACAGCCAUGGCGGCACAAGCGAGGGCAGAUCACAUGACAUGGAGACCACCCCCCAGGGGUCAAAGUUGAGUGGCCGUAGGAACCCCAGUGUACGGGCUGCGUUCAUCCACGUAGUUGGGGAUCUGCUGCAGAGUUUUGGAGUGCUGAUCGCUGCUUUUGUCAUCUAUUUUAAGCCUGAAUAUAAAAUUGCUGAUCCAAUCUGUACCUUCCUCUUCUCGGUACUGGUUCUCGGGACUACCUUCUCUAUCCUGAAAGAUGUCCUUCGUGUACUGAUGGAAGGUACCCCAAUAGGAAUGGAUUUUAACAAUGUCAAGGAGACUCUCCUGUUAAUUGAUGAGGUGAAAGCGGUGCACAGCCUCCGCAUCUGGGCCCUCACCAUGAACCAGCUUGUGCUAUCCGCUCACAUCGCCACCAAUGAUGUGGCCAAUCCUCAGGUUAUUUUGGCUGAAGCUAACCAAGUGCUCCAGAAAAAGUUUGACUUCUACUCCAUCACUAUUCAAGUCGAGAAUUACUCUGACGAUAUGACAGAGUGCAAAGAGUGCCAGGAGCCUAGAGACUAACUGCAGAGGUCCUUGGAAUUUCUCCAGCAUGCCUGAUAGAGAGGCAUGCCCUCUGACCACAGACAUCCACACUGGAAAAUGUAUGGGAGCAGAUAUUACAGGGUGUUGCUUUUGUAUGUUGGAAGCUCGAGAAUUGGGCUCUUGUAAUCAAAGAGCAGCCAAACUUGAGACUUCAAAAUGGUGAGAGCAUAAAUGUGGAUAUUUAGCUAGCUGGCACUAGUAGGGAUAAUCCCAGAGUAUGUCUAUGUCCUUUUGGGAAGGGAAUGAAGCCACACUUGAUGGAUACAAUGUUUUGCAUGUUGCUCUUCUGACACCCUUUACGUCGAUGGGACUGAAGAGAGACUAACGCGGGCACUUUUUAAAAAAUAUUGUUGAUUAUGUUCACUGAUGGGUCCAAACUGUUCAUAUUCGUGCAAGAGUUCUUAAUGUAAGUUUACGCUUAGCAAAAAUAAACCCCAUUUACAAAA